GAACAAUAAUAUCUCGAAAUUUUACUUCAGAUCUAUUUUCACACAUUAAAAUCUUUUUGACAAUUAAAUAUUUAAAUUAUUUGUAAUUAUUUUCUUUAUAAAAAUAUAUAAAUUGCAAGAGUAAAAUAUGCCGAAAAUUGGUGAUGUAUGCGAUGCUCGUUGCCAUUUGAUUCAUAAUGAAAGGAUAAAAAAAGAAAAUGCAUUACGGAUGAAAUGGUUUUUAAUCAAUCAACAACGAUUGGUGGGCCAUUUGAAAGAACCAAAGCUUGUUAAACGAGCCAAAGAAGUAAUUGAGGAGAAACGAGAGAAAACUCGCAUUGAUAAACCCAUUAUACAACAGAAGCCUUUACCCCUUUGGAGGCCGCCUAGAUCUGAUGGGUCAAUCGAUAUAAAUAUCAUGAAGCCAGUCGAUCCUGAUGUAAGAAUCAUGCUUUAUGAGAAAAAAAUUCCCACUUUUAUCGCUACUGAUAAUUACCUAACUGAAAGAUAUAAAAUACUACCGGAGAAGCGUUUCUAUUUCCCCAAUUGUACGAAUUGGAUAUACGGAUGGCGUCUUGGUGAUUAUUCCCCUCCACCACCUAGUGAAGUAGGUAUGAAAUCCGUUAUGUUAGCACAAUUUUAUCAGCGUAAAGUAUAUAAUCUGCAACGAGAUCCAGAAUGGUAUUUUGGUUGUCAAACAAAGAAUGCUAGAAAUUUCAAUGAAUUGUUGACAUAUUAAUCUAACGUUGUACAAAAUUAGAAAUAAUCUUACUAUUAUAGUGCAAUAUUUUGAUAUUACAUUUUGUGUAAAUAGAUUGAUUCUCAUAUUAUGUGACUACAAUUUUUGUAAAAAAUAUACUAUUUUUUAUACGAGAUUGUAUAUUUUUAUUUAGAAAAUUAAUUUUUUUAUAAGCGUCAUUAAAUU